AUGGUCAAGCAUCGUGGAUGCAUGAGCAAUGGACUGGAAUGUGAUAAGUGGAUUAAGAAAAAAGGCGAGCGACUCGAGCGAUUGAGCGCACGGAAGAAACGUGAAUGGCUCGAUUCUGGAUCUGAUCAUGGAUUCGUACGACUUUUUGCACCGGCCAGCUCUCGGUCGAUCGUUUAUCCGUUAACGAUCAGAUCAACCGUUCAAGACGUGUGCUCGAUUCUUGGCUUCGAAGGACUCUAUCUCCAAAUCGGAGGUUUACAUAUAAGGAGUUUACCAUCAAGUGCUAGACCAUUGCAUUUACAAAAUGAGAUUCUCACAUCGAUCGGAUAUGAGCGUUUGCGUGAAUGUAUGGAAGUUGGUGAUGCCACACAUCUCACACACAUUUUCUGCUUCUACAUGGGAUUACCAGAGCACGGUGCGUUAGCUGGAACGUCGAAUGAAAUUUUGGUAGCGAAAUGUUUGGUUAGAAAGGGACGUCUUCUGCAGAAAUGGAAUAAACGACGAUGCAUUCUAUAUAAUGGUACGAUUCGAAUUGAACAUGAGAAUGAAGACGAUGAGAUGCUGUUGCUGAGUCGAUAUCGCGUAGAGGUUACCGAAGGUAAUAAAGGAAAGUAUUUACGGCUAACCGAUGGAUCUCAACUCUAUAACUUUCUGUUUGAAGCGAUCGGUGAAAUGAAUCUGUGGCUAUCUCGAGUCGUACAAACUCAAAUGACGCCAACCUGUGAUCUCAGCGAUCAACGAUUGCUCUUUCUGCCGGAUCGUCUCUUUUCGGUUGGAGUCGAACGCCAUAUUGUCUCGUUGAACUUAAGACGUAAUUCACUCAUUCUUCGACCCAAUAAACAGAUUCGUGCUCCACUUUUGGGUUGGCUUGACGAUGUUCAUCGAUUGAUCAAUUUACGAUCGCUGAAUAUCGGUGAUAAUGCACUGAACUCAUUUCCGCCCACAAUCACACGACUCACCUCAUUGACUGAGCUGAUUCUGUGUGGUAAUCGAAUUGCUGAAUUACCGAUUCAGAUCGGUCUUUUGCAUAAGUCAGUUCUUUUGCAAUUUCUUUCCUAA